UCACUUCCGGGUUCCGGCUCGGCUGGAUGACGCAAGGUCAUGUGAUCUGAUGAAAGCCGGAGAAGGCGGAAGUGUUCAGACUGCGGCUGAGGUUCGGAAAUAAACACAGCGCUGUGAAUCCCGGAUACAGACAUGGACGACACUCUGUUCCAGUUAAAGUUCACGGCAAAGCAGUUGGAGAGACUGGCGAAGAAAGCAGAGAAGGAUUCGAAGGCUGAGCAGUCGAAAGUUAAAAAGGCUCUCCAGCAGAAGAAUGUGGACUGUGCACGUGUGUAUGCAGAGAAUGCCAUCCGUAAGAAGAAUGAGGGAGUGAACUGGCUGCGUAUGGCGUCACGUGUCGAUGCUGUGGCCUCUAAAGUCCAAACCGCUGUCACCAUGAAGGGGGUGACUAAGAACAUGACCCAGGUGACCAAGGCUCUGGAUAAAGCUCUGAACUCCAUGGACCUGCAGAAGGUAUCAGCAGUCAUGGACAAGUUUGAGAGUCAGGUCCAGAAUCUGGAUGUACACACUUCAGUAAUGGAGGACUCAAUGAGCUCUGCUACCACCCUGACGACGCCUCAGCAGCAAGUUGACGAUCUGAUCGUGCAGAUUGCAGAGGAGAGCGGCUUGGAGGUGAUGGAUCAGCUCAAUGAACUUCCUGCUGGAGCUUCUGCUCUCGGAGAGAGUUCUGUCAGAACACAGGAUAGAGAGGACCAGCUGUCCCGCAGGUUGGCAGCUCUGAGGAACUGAUCAUCACUGGCCUGUUCCUGAAGAACUGGGGACGAUGGAGAAAGAGGAUGAAGUGAGGAUGGAGAGAUGAAGAAAGCCACUGAUGGACUCCAGUUCUUAUUCUGGACUUGACAGGCCAAAGAUCAUUUUUAUCCCUGCCACAAGAUCAAAACACACCCACACACACACACACACACACACACACACACACACACACACAGUAGUUCUCAGUUGAAUCGGUGCAGUAGGGGAGUGUAACAGGUUGUGUAGUGGUGAUAUGAGAGCUGUAACUUCACUAAUCAACACUAAUAAAGUGAGCUAGAAUACAGAUAAUAAGCUCCACCCCUUACACACACACACACACACACGUGUGCUGGAUUGUAUGAGCAUGGUGUUAAAGCUUGUAGUUUUUAUUCAGCCUUACUGCACUGCACACACUGUUCCUCUUCCAUCUCAUUUAUUUCCCUCCUCCUCCUCAGUGCCUGAAUCAGAUGGUAGAGUGUACAGCCCACUCUGCACCAUGGCAUUGUGGGUAACAGAGACCUGGCAUCAGUGCAGUGCUCUCUCUCUCUCUCUGUCUCUCUCUCUCUCUCUCUCUCUCUCUCUCUCUCUCUCUCUCUCUCUGUCUCUCUCUCUCUCUCUCUCUCUCUCUCUCUCUCUGUCUCUCUCUCUCUGUCUCUCUCUCUCUCUCUCUCUCUCUCUCUCGGUUGUCUGUAGGUGUUUUUAUUCGUUAUUUAUACGCUGAUGCUUUUCUCUUUUGGUUUUGUACAGUUACUGUGAUGGGAAUAAAAUGUCUCUGAUAACA